AUGCAUCAAUAAUUGCCGCCAGAAUAACUAGAUCGACUUAUUUGUUUAGAAGCUAGAAUUCAUAAAAAAUCAAAAGAAGAAAUCAUUUAAGAGUAAUUUUUAUAGAUGGAAAGUGAGAAACAAACAGAUGAAAAUGAUCGUAAUAAACAGAAUAUGGAUUCUAAUAAAAAGUCUGAUGACUUAAAAUGUUCAUAAAACAGUGAAAAUUCUCCUUAGAAAUUAUUUACUUCAUAAAAUUUGAGUCCUGUAUAAAAGAAAAGUAUAAUAACUAAGAAACAUUCAUAGUAGAAAAAAAAGAAAAAGACUAAAGAAGGAUAAUAAAAAGAUGUAUAUUGAUUGAAAAAAUUCAUAGAUCACUCAGUAUUUGUAGUAUUAAAAAAAGUAAUAAAAAGCAAAGAAGUGUGAAUAAAAAUUAAUGGAAUAUUCAAUAUAAGAUUCUCCAUUUAAAAAUAAAAGUCCAUUACCUAGUGAUCCAGUAUUAGAAAAAUAACUAAAAGAAAAAUAAAAUUAAGUAGCAAUUUCUGAAAUAAAAAUAAAAGAAUUAGAAACUCAUAACUCUGAACUUCGUGAAACUAUAUCAGUAUGUAUAUAUAUAAUAUAUUUUUAGUCAUUAACUGAAUAGUAAUUAAGAAUUUAGGAUGUAGUAAAAUAAUUUGCUAUAGAGAAUGAAAAACUUAAAAAAUAAUAAUUAUAAAUCUAAUUGCAAACAAAUAGAGUUAGAUUAGGUGAAUAUGUAGUUUAGAGAGAGAAAACAGCUUUAGUUGAUGUUUGGAUUGAUGGAUAAGAAUUGAGGGAAGCAAAAGAAUAGUCAAAAAGAUUGGAAAUUUUAAAAGCAGAAUAUGAAAAUAAAAAGAAAAACUCAAAAAAUAAAGAAGAAUAAGAAAUGAGAACUCUCAAUGUUAAAUUAAACUUUUUAAUAAAAGAGGAAUAAUAAUUAUAAGAAACAGUUGAUAGAUUAGAAACAGAAAAGAAUUUACAUAUCAAAUAAUUAAAAAGAGUAUAUGAAGAAGAACAUGCUAGAUUUACAAAAAAUAAUGAUUAUCCAUUAAUAGGUGAAAGAUAUUAAGUUCUAAGUUUAUUAGGAAAAGGUGGUUUUAGUGAAGUUUAUAAAGUAAUAUAUUUUAUAUAAAUUAGGCAUAUGAUCUUUAAGAAUUAAGAGAAGUAGCAUGUAAAAUUCAUUAACUAAAUUCUAAUUGGUCAGAUCAUGCAAAACAAAAUUAUAUUAGACAUGCUAUUAGAGAAAAUAGGGUUCAUAAAGAAUUAAAUCAUCCUCAUAUUGUAAAAUUAUAUGAUUCUGUUGAAAUUGAUAAAUCUUCAUUUUGUACAGUCUUAGAAUUAUGUGAUGGUCCAGAUCUCGCUUAUUAUAUUAAAAAAUACAAAUGUUUUCCAGAAAAGGAAGCAAAAUUGUUAAUAGGAUAAAUAAUCUCAGCUAUUAAAUAUUUAAAUAAUCAUAAGAAUAAGAUUAUUCAUUAUGAUUUAAAACCAUAAAAUAUUUUAUUUCAUUUAAAUGAACUAAAAAUUUCAGAUUUUGGAUUAUGUAAAGUCUUAGAAGAUGAUAAUUCAAAAUUAUAACUCACUUCUUAAGGAGUGGGUACAUAUUGGUAUUUACCUCCAGAAUGUUUUCAUAUGGGUGAUUAACCUCCAAAUAUUUCUAGCAAAGUUGAUAUUUGGAGUAUUGGAGUUAUAUUUUUUGAAAUGUUAUUUGGUUAAAAACCAUUCGGUUAAGGGGUGAGCCAAGAGAAGAUAUUGAAAGAAUAAGUAAUAUUUUAUUAGAGUUUUAGAUUAUUGUAAAAUCUCAAUCUGUGACUUUCCCUUAGAAACCAAUAAUUUCAAAUGAAUGCAAAGAAUUCAUUAGAGGUUGUUUAGCCUAUAAUUAAAUAGAUCGUUUGGAUGUACAUUAGGCUUCUAAUCAUUCAUACUUUUAGAAAAAAUUAAAUUGA